AUGCGCCGUCGGGCGGCCGACCUUCGGCGCCCGGUUCGGAGGAGGUUUUCGUGGUGGAUCUGGGCGCUGCUUCUAUUGUUCUUGAUUGCAGGUUUUGCUCUGUUUGUUGUUCAGCAUAAUCAUCGAGAUGAGGAUCGUACCUCAUGGCUCUAUGUGGAGAUAAACCCACGAAUUGACAGGGUUGUUCAUACGAACCGAAAUUUUACUGAAGAAAUAUUGAGUGCAAGAUCAUAUGCCAGACAAUUAGCAGAGCAAAUGACCCUUGCCAAAGCUUAUGUUAUUAUUGCAAAGGAACAUAAUAAUCUCCACCUUGCUUGGGAACUGAGUACAAAAAUACGAAGUUGUCAAUUGUUGCUCUCCAAGGCUGCAAAGAGAGAGGAGGCCAUAUCUCUUGAAGAAGCGGAACCGAUUAUUAGAAGUUUGUCAACCCUUAUUUUCAAGGCGCAAGACGCUCAUUAUGAUGUUGCAACCACAAUGAUGACAAUGAAAUCCCAUAUUCAAGCUCUUGAAGAGCGUGCUAAUGCUGCUACUGUUCAGAGCACCAUUUUUGGAGAGUUAGCAGCCGAAUCAAUACCCAAGAACCUUCAGUGCAUCGACAUUAAGCUCACGACCAACUGGCUUCAGAACAAGUCGAUAGAGGAGCUUGCAAAUGAGAGUAGAAACUCGCCCCGACUAGUGGAUAAUAACCUCUACCAUUUUUGUAUAUUCUCCGAUAACCUUCUGGCUGUUUCAGUUGUUGUCAAUUCCACCAUUUCAAAUGCUGAACACCCCAAGCAGCUCGUUUUCCAUAUCGUCACGAAUGGGGUGAAGUAUGGGGCAAUGCAGGCUUGGUUUCUUGGUAAUGAUUUUAAAGGGGCUGCCAUAGAAGUCCAAAGCGUUGAAGAUUUCACUUGGUUGAAUGCGUCGUAUGCGCCUGUUUUGAAACAACUACUUGAUGCUUCACCAGAUAUCGAAGUUGAACACAAGUUCCGUAACCCAAAGUACCUCUUUCUGUUGAAUCAUCUUCGUUUCUACAUCCCGGAGAUUUAUCCUCAGUUGGAGAAGGUAGUUUUUCUCGAUGACGAUGUUGUGGUUCAGAAGGACUUGACACCUCUCUUCUCGCUGGAUUUGCACGGGAAUGUGAAUGGUGCUGUCGAGACAUGCCUGGAAGCCUUCCACCGAUACUACAGAUAUCUCAAUUUCUCAAAUCCACUCAUCAGCGCCAAAUUUGAUCCACAAGCCUGUGGAUGGGCGUUUGGCAUGAACGUUUUCGAUUUGGUUGGUUGGAGAAAGGAGAAUGUAACUUCAAAAUAUCAUUUCUGGCAGGAAAGGAACAUCGAUCGGUCACUUUGGAAGCUCGGCACUCUCCCUCCGGGGCUCCUGGCUUUCUAUGGACUGACUGAGCCACUUGACCGGAGAUGGCACGUGUUGGGGUUGGGCUACGACCUGACUAUUGAUAGCCGGUUAAUUGAGACUGCCGCUGUUGUUCACUUUAACGGGAACAUGAAGCCGUGGCUGAAGCUGAGUAUCGGCAGAUAUAAGCCUCUGUGGGAACAGUAUUUGGAUCAGAGCCACCAAUAUCUGCAAGAGUGUGUCACAAGUUGAUAAUCAUCAAGCUUUUAAUAUUUGCAGGUAUUUAAUUUAAUUACUUUUUAUUGUUUCAAAUAUUCAGAAAUCCAACUGCCUUUAGUGUAGCCCCACCGAAAAUAGAAAAUUUUGACAUUUAUGAGGAAACUUUUUUCUUCUCA